AAGAUGGAGCAGAUUGAGGAGGCCUUCAUGGGGUUUAAGACCCGGGCUGACAUUCGAACUGGACAAGAACAUAACUUUGUGAAGCGGCGAACCAACAACUUGGGUACUUCCUACGACUUCAACUCUGUCAUGCACUACGGAAAAUACGCCUUCAGCAAAAGCAGGCAACCAACCAUCCUCGCUAAGAGCAAUCCGAGUUUUAACUUUGGGACUGGUCGUACGAUGAGCAAGAAUGACAUUUUCCGUGUCAACAAGCUUUACCAAUGUUAAUGUAAGUGGGAAAUAAUGCUAUACUCUCCAAAACUGGAAAACAGCAGUUACAUCAACCUACUAAUAUAGCUGUAACAGCAGAACAAGAAAACAUAGGGUGAAAUAUUGUUGAUCUGA